AUGGCUAUUUUCAAUGUCCCCGAGCCCAACAACCUGCAUCCUCGAUGGCUUCUCAAUCUUGACAAAUGGUCUCUUUCGAGCUACCGCGAUGUUGAAGAUGAAGUCAAAAAGCAGGGUUAUGGCAUUGUUUCAUACACAUGGGGCCGAGUAGCCGUCCCAGGAAAGGCUGCUCCAAACCCUCCCAAAGGUCUUCAAUGGGACGUUCCUCUUGUAAAAUCUUUUACAUUGGAGGAGGCAAAGGCCGUAAUGAAGACAAUGGGCAAAACAUACGUAUGGUGGGAUUGGAUGUGCGUCCCACAAGGCGAUAAAUCCAAGAUGAGCCCAGAGUUGAGGCGCAUCCAAGCAGAGGAGCUGCAAAAGCAAAUGAACAUUUAUAAAGGCGCCCAGAAAAGUAUAGUCUGGGUCCAUGAUACCAAAUGGGACGGCAGAUCCGACCUGGAAUCCUUUCUGAAGGGCCGCUUGCACCCGGAAAAGGGACUACCAGCCUACCUGAACGAGAUUGUCAAAGUUCUCAAGGCUUGUCAAGAGCACGAGCCGUGGCUGACGUCAGGUUGGACGUUGCAAGAAGGCGUCUUGCUGAGCGAGACACUUUUACUUGACCACGAGGGUAAAACCCUUCGAGAUGAUCGAUUCAUACACCAUGACGGCCAAGCUUGCGUCAUUGAUCUGACUUCCACGGUUACACGGCUUGCAAUAGGUAUUGCUACUGCCUUCAUCAGACAUAGUGAUGGAGAUCCAGGAGACGACCAAACUGAAAUAGGCAGACUGGUCAAAUUUAUCUUGAACGAAGACAAGAAUUAUCCCUUCACAGCAGGUAUCUUGGCCACUAUCCUCAAAACAGGGCUUGUGGCAUAUACCAAACACUCACCAUUGUAUAUUCUCGCUGGCAAACAGAGCCGCAAGUUCACUGUACCCGCAGACCAAUGCUGGGCUCUACUUGGAGCUCUUGAGUUAGAAGCUGUUGAUGUGAGCUACGACUUGGAGCUGAAGCUAAUCAAGGAGAGGUUCUUCAAGGCUCUACUUGAACGAUAUCAGUGGACACUGUUCCUCAUACCAGCUCCGCCACCCCAGCUUGGCAAGCAGUCCUGGUCGGAAGUGAUCGUGGAUGGCUAUUUUCUACCUCUCGGGAUCUUUUUUGAUGUCAAUUUUGUCGACAAUUUGCCUUUGCUGUCCUGGUCUUCCAAUGUUCUUGCAAUUGGUAGUUCGACUACCGCACCAUUUCCUGUCUUUUCGCUAAAUGAGAGUGUGUAUGCGCGACGUUAUGAACAGCAGCAGACAGGAGAGGUAUUUGUGGUUGGGGUUUCUGUCGCAGUUCCCAGUCCAAAAGCGAAGUAUCUCCAGGUUGCAGACCUCGAAAGCCGAAAUAAUAUUCCAGGUAAACGAUGCAUUCUUAUCACAGAUCUGAGGAACAAGAAAGGGUUCUUUGGGGGCCUGGUUGAUAUCUGGGCCGACGAGACAAGUAUUUCAACUGAAACUUUCGACGAAAUUGCCUUGUCUCUUCCAGAAAAAGCGGAAAGAGUUAUUUGA